AUGUCGACGACUGCACCCGCGGCUUCGACGCUGCCUCAAGCGCCAUGGAAGCAGCUCUUCAACAAGCAUCUCGGCGAGAUGAAGCCUCCCCAGUUUGUUCUGGGCACACUAGACAGUGCCCCUGAGGGCUCGCCGGUUGACUACGUGCCCCGCGUGCGAUACUGCAUCUUCCGAGGCUUCUGGGCCGAGUUACCAGAGAACAAGCAUAACGAUGCCGAGCGCAACCCCGAGCUCUACCACAGCGACUGCCCGACUUUCACGACCGACGUGCGCAUGGAAAAGGUCGGACAGAUCUUCAAGACCAGCGCCGGACAUGCGACGAGCGACGACCAGGUCCAAGGCAGCGGUGGUGGGGGUCCUGUUGAAGCUGUCUGGUGGGUCGAGGGCGAGACUCAGACACAAUGGCGUGUUGCAGGCAAGGCAUACGUGAUUGCGGACGAUAUUGAGGGUGCAGAGGAGAGCAGUGGUGUCAGGACUGUCAAGAGUGAGGUUGGAAAGAGGAUGAGGGCGCUCAAGGAGGGAGGAGAGAACGAGUGGAGCUGGCAACGAGAGCUUACAGGCUUUUUUGGCAACCAGUCUCCUGCUAUCAAGGGCUCCUUCAAGAACCCGCCGCCCGGUCAACCGGUGACUGCACCUUUCGACAAGGAGCGCCUGCAGCUCGGCUCGAAAGCCGACGAUCUCCACGACGAAGUUGCGAGGAAGAACUUCCGUCUCGUUGUCAUCGUCCCAGAUGUUGUCGAGCAGACCGACCUGAGCGACCCAGCAAAGGGGCGGAGAUUUAGAUACACUUGGGAUGGCGAGACUGCGCGACACAACGCAGGUUGGAGAACAGAAGAGCUGUGGCCAUGAUGACUAGACCAACUUCACCAGCACAUGGUAGUAUAUCCGAAAGGGAAGACUUGAAUAGUAAUCAACCAACAUCUCGGAAUACACGUUGCUCUCAAUCCAUGCUCUUCUCCCCCGAAGCGAACUCUCACAGGUCGCCGACUUGUACUACGUAGGCGCCCGCUUCCCCCUGCAAAGUCUCACAGAGCGUGCCACAGGCCGGGUUGCACACAGAUCUUGACUUGUUCGACCGUUCGGUGUCCCCGUGCCCCUGUGUGACGACUCCCGGCAUGUGCACUGUCGGUCGUCUGUAGCUACCUACUACCUCUUCGGGCUAUAAUUUCCGAUGUGUGCGAGAUUUA